AUGGCUGCAUCUUUCACAAGCCUACCUGUCCGGGAAGAAAUGAUGGCAAAAUACUCUAACCUUUCCUUGGAGAGUCAUAACAUAUCCCUGACUGAACAUUCCAAUAUGCCAGUUGAAAAAAAUAUCACUUUAGAAAGGCCUUCUAAUAUAGAACUCACAUGCCAAUUCAUGACAUCUGGAGAUCUGAAUUCAGUAAAUGUGACUUGGAAAAAAGGUGAUGAACUACUUGAGAAUAACUAUCUCAUCAAUGCAACAGGAAGCAUCCUGUAUACCCAAUACAUGUUCACCAUCGUUAAUAGCGAACAAAUGGGAAGUUAUUCUUGUUUCUUUGAGGAGAAAAAGGAACAAAGGGGCACAUUUAAUUUCAAAGUCCCUGAACUUCAUGAAAAAAAGAAACCGUUGAUCACUUAUGUAGGGGAUUCAGUUGUCUUGAUGUGUAAAUGUCAAGACUGUUUUCCUUUAAAUUGGACCUGGUACCGUAGUAAUGGGAGUGUACAGGUUCCUGUUGGUGUUCCAAUGAACAAUAAGUAUGUGAUCAAUGGAAAAAAUGCUAAUGAAACAAGGCUCAAGAUAAUGCAACUUUCAGAGGAAGAUCAGGGAUCUUAUUGGUGCCAUGCAAUAUUCCAAUUAGGCGAGAGUGAAGAACACGUUGAACUUGUCGUGCUGAGUUAUUGGGUGCCUCUCAAAGCAUUUCUUGGAAUAGCUGUUGAGGUGGUUCUUUUAGUGGCUAUUAUUCUGCUUUUUGAAAUGUACACCCAAAAGAAAAAGAAGCACUCAGAUGAUGGGAAGGAAUUUGAACAAAUUGAACAGCUGAAAUCAGAUGAUAGCAAUGGUAUAGAAAAUAAUGCCCCCAGGCACAGAAAAAAUGAAUCUGUGGGCCAGUGAAUGAGAAACAUCAUGUCAAGAGUCACAGGAAGAUGUCAAAGAGUUUGGAUUUCAGCUUUGUUCCUGCUUCCUGUUAAGAACACGUGAAUUUUUAUUUUUAAAAG